AUGAGCUCCUAUUUUGUUAACCCUCUUUUUUCCAAGUACAAAGGCAGCGAAACAUUGGAACCAACUUAUUACGACUGCAGGUUCCCACAGAGCGUUGCCCGUAGCCACACGCUUGUAUAUGGACCUGGAGCGGCAGCACCGGGAUUUCAACAUCCGUCCCAUCAUGUUCAGGACUUUUUCCACCAUGGGACUACGGGUAUAUCCAACCCUGGAUAUCAACAAAACCCCUGCGCAUUGGCCUGUCAUGGAGACGCAACGAAAUUUUAUGGAUAUGAAGCUCUGCCCAGGCAACCGCUUUAUGGUACCCAGCAAGAAGCGAGCUUAGCGCAGUAUCCAGACUGUAAAUCGUCCAAUAGCUCUAACACCGGAGAAGGACAAGGCCACUUAAAUCAAAACUCCUCUCCCAGUCUCAUGUUUCCAUGGAUGAGACCCCACGCCCCUGGAAGACGCAACGGAAGGCAGACGUACAGUCGUUACCAAACUCUUGAACUGGAGAAAGAGUUUCUCUUCAAUCCGUAUCUCACGCGCAAACGGCGAAUUGAAGUUUCUCACGCAUUGAGCCUCACCGAACGUCAGGUGAAGAUUUGGUUCCAGAACCGGCGGAUGAAGUGGAAAAAAGAAAAUAACAAAGACAAGUUUCCGGGGCAAAGAGGGGAGGCCGAGGCGGAGGAGGAAACCAACGAGGAUGGUGAAGGAGAAGAAGGGGAAGAGAAGGAAACGGAAGAGAAAGAACAGAGCAAAGAAUGA